AUGCCUCCCAAAGCUUUCAAGGGCGAUUACAUUGAGACGGACACGGGCAACAAAAUCUCCCGCCGCGCGCAAAUCCACGGAACCCAACGUAUCAUCCUCGGCGGAAAAACAGUCAUUCAAACAGAUGCCGUUAUCCGCGGUGACCUCUACCGCUCUUCUUCCUCCCACGCCUCUACAGAUGAUCCAGCCUCCGCCGCACCGUCUCCCUCCGUCGCUAUAACUGUUGGUCGCUAUAGUUAUAUCUCUAAACAAGCGAUUCUCCGCCCGCCUUCGCGUCUGCACCGUGGUGUGCACUCAUACUAUCCGUUGAAGAUUGGCGAUCAUGUGUUUGUGGGUGAGCGCGCGGUCGUCGAGGCGGCUAGCGUCGGGAACCAUGUGCAUAUCGGGAAGGAGGCUGUGAUUGGGGGGAUGGCGAUAUUGAAAGAUUUUGCGGUUGUGUUGGAUGGGACGGUUGUUCCGGCGGGAAUGGUUGUGCCGAGUUGGUGUGUUGUUGGUGGGAGGCCGGCGAGGAUUGUAGGGGAGGUUGGGGAGGGGUAUGGAGUUGAGGGGGCGGAUGGGGGUUUGGCGAGGGAGAGGUAUCGCUUAGUUGGGAGGUGA